UUGCUAUUAACACUAACCUGUGUUAGCAUUAAACAAAUACAAAAGAAAAAGACGCCUUGAACCAUUCUGAAGUUGGAGAGCAGACACAUAGUAGUAUAAUUUCCGACGGCCAUCAAAGGCAUCAUGGAAAGGCGGGUUGCUCGUGGGCAGAGUGCAGUCACUAGAAGAAGAAUCUCCAAGGGAGAGGUCGUUCUUCGAGAGAGGACCAGGAUCAGGACGAGCAAGAGCAAACAUUUUUGGUAUUUGUUUACUUGUGGUUCUAAACAAGUUACUUUUGAUGAGCACGUCUAGCCCCUUUAAGCCGUCAUAGUUGAAAAAGAAGGGGUUCACUGCGCGUUGAUGCUCCUCUUGGCAAGCUAAUGCUAAUGCUAGCUAGCCUCCAUCGUCCACUGUGCGGCCAAAGUAGCCGAGCGACUGCUUCCUCUUUCGGCUGUGCGCUGGCCACCACGCCGUACAACAAACAUGGAGAAAAGUAGCCGCUUGCUGGAGCUCGCCCGCUUCCUCCAAGAUCCCCACCUGGUCGCUCGUUUCCAGCACAUUUGCGGGGUACGAGGGACGUUUUCCAGGACGGCGGUUGGGGGCGGCAACGACAGGGAAGCUACGCCGAGCGAGACGCAAGACAACGGGGCUUGCUAUCACCAGCUGGAGGAGGACCAUGGGGGCGAGACAAUGGGUAUGGACAUGGGGUCAGCGGGGGUUCGGAACAGAGUGGUGGACUCUAAGAAGCACCAUGACGAAGAUUUUCCCCACAAUGGCUCCCUGCCCACCAGGACACCAGAGGCUAGUGUGUCCGAUCAUAGCGGGGCAAUGACCGAUGAAGCUGGGGCAGCCAGCAGGGUAAAGCCGCUUCGCAGAAACUCCUUGACGGGGGACGCCGGUCAGGAGUUUCUGAUCGAGAACCGCAUCUUCUACUACCUGUUCACCUUCGGAACCGAGCUGGGAAACGAAUUCUUUUACAUCACCUUCUUCCCCUUCCUGUUGUGGAACGUGGACGCCUUCGUGAGCCGGCGGCUCAUCAUGGUGUGGGUGUGGGUCAUGUACCUGGGCCAGUGCACCAAGGACGUGAUCGGCUGGUCCAGACCUGCCUCACCUCCCGUGGUCAAAGUGGAGGUGUUCUACAACUCAGAGUACAGCAUGCCGUCCACACACGCCAUGUCAGGCACCGCCAUCCCCUUCGCCCUCUUCUUCAUGACCUGUGACCGCUGGGAGGACGUCAUUGUCGGAGUGUUCUACAGCAUCCUCAUCCUCCUCCUCUUGCUGCCGGCGUUGGACGUGAUCGACAACUUCGUCCUGACGUGCGUCCACGCCCCGCUGGUCAUCGUGUGUCUCCACCUGGGCCUGGGCCUUUUCUCCUUCACUUUGGACACAUGGAGCACAUCCCGGGGUGACACGGCUCAGAUCCUGGGCUCUGGCGCCGGCAUAGCCCUGGCCUCCCACGUCAACCACCGCCUGGGCCUGAUGCCGGAUCCUGAGCGCCUUCCCCUCUCACUGCCUGCCCUCAGCGGGGGCCUGGUGGGCACGGCCGCACUGCGCUUCCUGCUGGGUGUGCUGGUCCUGGUGGCCACGCGGGCAUUGAUGAAGGCUCUGACCAUCCCGCUGGUGUGCCGCCUCAUGGCCAUCCCCGGCGAUGACAUGAGGAAGGCGAGGCAGCACAUGGAGGUUGAGCUUCCCUACCGCUACAUUGUCUACGGGACGGUGGGCUUCAACGUGGUCUUCCUGGUGCCACUCCUCUUCAGCUAUCUGGCGCUUUGUUGACCACAUGACCUCCUCGCUGUUGACAGCACAGCGACCCCUGAUGGCCAACAUCUUCGAAGGCUGUUAUUUAAAUAACAUCUUCAACAUCCUCCAGCUCCUUUUUCGAAGUUCACUACUGAUUACUGAACACUGUCAUCAGGGUUUCAAGUGGACAUUUGCACAGGACACUCCAAGCAUCAUGUCGUCCUUUUCAUGGACGCAAACCAAUUGAUUGAUUGCUCUUCCUGUUAGAAGAAAAGCACAUGCUGGCACAUAAGAUCCACUUUCAACUGUGGGAAAUUGAAAGACUAUUUUUUUUUCUUCCUUCUUGAUGUACACUGUAAAAAAAUGAAUUUGUGUUCUCUUUCCACAAAUGUCAGAUGUUUACUUGAUAAAAACAUCCACACGCCCUCUUGUGGUGACUUACCACUUUUACACUGGCAUUACAAUCAGAAUAUGUUUCUAUACUCGCCUCAAAUAUGAAAUAUGUUUUUUUUUUUUUUAAAAAAAAGCUCUCAAUAGCAAUAAAUUGCCACGUUGUGAUUGGUCCAUUGGGGCAAGUGGCCGUUACCCAGUUUGUAGUUUCUACACGACACACGAGGCUCCACUUUCUGUAGCCUCGUCUUUGCGUGUGACUGCACAUGAUUCACACGCAGCCUUCAGACGUUUAAAAUUUCGACGCAACGAAGGCAAUGUCACGGACGUUUUUAAAACAUGUUUGCUUUCUGGUCUUUUUGUCGUGCAGCUGACGCAACGUCAUUGGCCGAGUCUUGAACAAGACCUGGAAAAAAAAAAGCAGGGAUGUCCAAACUGCAUUUUUUUAUUUGUCCGCGCCACAUUGCAAAGGUAAAAUUAUAAGGAAAAAUGGAAAAAAGCACAAAUUAGCAACAAAAAAAGCAAAUGAGCAUUAAUAAAAAUACCCCCUGACACCUAGAUCAGCUGGUCUCAUCCUGGGAUCCACAUUUUCCCACAACCCGCUUUAUUAGAUGCAAUAUUUUUUUUCCAAAAAUAGCCCUCAAAAACAUGGAUCUUUGUUUUUUUCAUAAUACAUGCUUACAUGUGCAAGGUGCAUUUCAGGGCACAUGUAAAACAAAACAAAAAGGUGGCACAUGAUAAAUGCAUGUGUAAAAAAAAGUAUAAUUCAAUAUCAAAUGGCACAAAAUGUGGACGAGGUUAAAGGGUGACUGUGUAUGAAUAUAAGGAAAUAACAUUUGAAAUAACCCUGUUAGCAUAGGGCACUGUAAAAUCAGUUCAUGCUCAAAAGACUAGAUAGUGUACUAACUAGUCUUUGUUCAGGACUAGAUAGAUCGGUCCUAUCUAGCCUUUGAUCAUGACUAGAUAGGAACAUUUUAGUUUGGGGCUCUAGCCUACAGCGGUCCUAUCUAGUUAAUCAUGACUAGUUAGGACCUAGGGUGAGGAGCGUGGUGAUCAGAGUAGACAUCCCCUUCAGGGGGAAGGGGGGGUCAGAGUAGAGCCGCUGCUCUUUCACAUCGAGAGGGGGUGGCUCGGGCAUCUAAUCCGGAUGCUCCCAGACCCCUCCCUGGUGAGGUGUUCCGGAUGCAUGCCCGGCCGGGAUAAGACCCCAGGCAGAUCUAGGACACGCUGGAGGAAUUAUGUCUCACAGCUGUCCUGGGAACGCCUUGGUGUCCUCCCUGUGGAACUGGAAGAGGUGGCCGGGGACCGGGAAGUUUGGACUUCCCUAUAAUGAGACUGCUGCCCCUGCGACCCGGAUAAGCAGAAGAAAAUGGAUGGAUAGUUAGGACCAGAAUAGAGGGGUCCUGUUUAGUCUCUUGUCAUGACUCGAUGGAGUGGUCUUAUCUAGUCCUUCUGCUCUUGUCUGGAGCUCUGACUAGUCUUUGAAGUUGACUAGAUAGGACUGCUUGAUGCUGCGGUGCGAGACUGGAGCAGUCCUAUCUAGCCUUUGAGUAUGGACUGAUGAAGACUGCUGGGAUGAGAGGCCAAACGUCUUCAAAGACAACCUGAACAGUCCUUUUGCCAUCCAUUCUAUACCCUGACACAAUAGUUUGUUUUUCAAUAAGUGUCUUUUUUCAACCAUAUUUGAAAGUAAAUUAAAAAUAUCCAAAUGGCAUCCUUUUGAUGUUCUAGUAUGCGACCCUUGAACACCCUUUAAAUAAACCUUCCCAGGACAAUCUCGUGACAAAUGUUAUUUUUAUUGCUAUACAUUUUUAAGCCUAAUCAUUUUUACGAUGCUAGUAUUCCAAUUUUGAACGACAUUGGUGAUGAACUGGCAGGGUGGAUUUUUUUGUAAAAUCCUCAAAAAGUGCAUGUAGUGUUGUCCAUUUUGCAAGACAGUUCACUGCUCCUACGUUCCACAGGUUUCCUCACACAAACACGACGCCUUUUCUUUGCGUUUCUCUGACGGCGGCGCACAGGAAACGUCCACAAAGGUCAAGCACACACCAUUCCUUUUUGACACUAAAAGUCUUUGUCACAUGACCAAAUACGGCGGCUAAACCGCCAGCAGAACUCUGCUAUGCCCUCUAGUGCCUUGCAAGGUCAUGACGUGGUAUUUCAUGUUGCCUUUUGCGCUUUGCCGCUCCUCAUCAAGCUGGAAACUCAAGAAAUGUCAGGGGUGUCCAAAUUCAUUCCAGUGAGGGUUGCACACAUAUUUGGGGCUACUUUGAUGUAUUUUGUACAUGAAAGAUGCUAAAAACAACCCAGUGUUGGUCAAUAUGCUAAGCUAUCUGAACACAACAUCCUGGCUUUAUAGUACAGGUAACAAAACAAAAUAUUAGUGUAAUAUUUAUUAAUAUAUCUCAUAAAUAACCAAUUCACUUCAUUUAACAAUAUGCCAAGGGCCAACAAAAAAGAGCUGCAGGCCAAAAAGUUCCCCCCUGGCCACACUUUGGACACCACUGGUUUGUGUUCAUUUGGGAGUUUGUUGACUAGUGUCCUGAUGUUGGACUCAUUUGAGGAACCUGUAUGAAGAUUGACUUGACUAUUUUUUUAUACAGUAUAUUAGAUUAGACUGGGGAUUGAAAGGAAGCUGUAUCCAGCUAAAUCAAA